CUCCCCUCCCAUCCCACCUCGCCUCAUCUCCUCCCCGCCAUGGCUGAAGACAAUCCCGUACCGCGCUUUCGCAUCCCGCUCGCAGCAUUGGUGGCCGACAAGCCGCCGGUGGCCACCGUCCUGGCGUCUGCGCCAGCAGGCACCCUGGCGCAGGUGCUCGACGACGCCGGGAGCUCCUUUGCGGCCGUCGUCGACAGCAACGGCCAUUACAUCGAUGGCGUGUCGGUGUUUGAUCUGCUGGCGCGUGCUCGCGAGGGCCGGCAUCGUGUGGCUGAGGCGCUUGUCGACGAGGACACGCACAACGCGCAGUUGGCGGCAACGUUUGCGGCGGCCAGUGUCGACGAGCUCGUGGGGAGCUAUUCGAUCUCGGGCGAGAACGCCGAGUACCGCAUCUCGAGCGCCACCCUCCUUCGCGCCACUCUUCAUCUCUUUGCGGCAGGCCUCCACUACCUCCUCGUUGUCGCGCCCAAGUACAUGAUCCGAGACGAGGCGAGCGGCGAGCUCCCACCGCUGCCGGCCCGCGAGGCGCGGUUGCUGGAGAAGAAGGACGUGCUGGCGUGGGCACGGGCCCAUCUCACGCAGCUCGCGUCGGACGAGCAGCUGGAUGCUGACAUUGUCACGGCCUCGCUCUUCUACGCCAACGUGCCCAAGGUACUUGCGGAGACUUCAGCGGGCGAUGCCAUCGAAGAGCUGUACAACGCCAAGACUGACGGCGUGGCCAUCGUCUCGCCCGAAGGUUUCCUCCUCGGCAACUUUUCGGUCUCGGACGCCAAGGUUGUCACCGCCGCCAACUUUAAGGUCCUCUCGCUGCCGAUCCUCGACUUUCUAGAGCUCCACGGCCGGCUCCGCGAGCCGGUCUUUGUCUCCAAGACCACGAGCCUCCGCGCGGCGCUCGAGCUCUUUAGCACCCACGUCGUCUCGCGCCUCUGGGUCGUCGACGACGCCACCAGGGUCGUCGGCGUGUGCUCGAUGGCUUCGCUCAUGUCGCUUUUCUUCCGCCUCUGA